AUGGCGAGCUGGCUCGACGAUCUCGGUCUCAACGAGCUCGAACACAUCAAGGAUGGCGCAAGUGCCUUCGCGCAGGAGCUCCACCCAAUCAACUCGGCGGAGGAUUUCAUCAGCUUCGUGGUUGCGCUCAACCUCUACCCACCUGGGACGCCCUUACGCGCUGAGCGUAUUGCUGGGGAGAUGCCGGCAGGCCUCUCCGCUCCUGCGGUGCGGUAUCUGCUAAGCAAGCUGCCCAUUGUCGAUCGGGGCUUGCCUCCCAGCUUCGCGACGACCCGAGCCGCAAGACCGUUCGGCUCGUGCCGGACGUGGAGCACUGCGUGGCGUCGGGCUGACAAAUGCUCAUCUCCAACGGUCUAUGCGGAGCACGGGCGACUGAAGGGCGAGCUCAAUGGCCUCUCCUGCCCUCGGUGCUCCGCGUGGUACAGCAUGUCCUGGCAAGCAGGUGCCCUACCCAGGGGCGACUGCAUCCUCACGCCGCUGGAUCCAGCUUUCCCAGAGCUCGAGAAUUCGCUGCUCGACAGGUUGUCGGCACAGAUGGUGCAUUCUCACACCGGCUUCGAGACCUUCUGUCACGAGUGGGCAAUGCGGUGCGGCGAGCUGUCGCCGGGCACCUCGGCGGGGCCAAUUCGAGCAAGACGCACGCCGCGACUGGCGGCCCCUGAGGCACGCCAUCUUUGACUGCGGCGCCGUGGCGCCCGGGCCGGUCCGCCGCCGUCGGGGAAGGCGGCUCAGUAGAGAGCUCCACCCCUCUGCCGGGGCUCGCCGGUCGUAGGACGGCGCCCCACCAGCGCCCGACCGGCGCACCCGCGCGGACAGGGAGAGCGAUGCAUGCACUGAUGCCUUAGUUGGCGUCGCGUUAGGAGGAGGGAUCGGGCGCGAUGUGCGUGACCAUAGCCGCUGCACCCUUGCGCGACGUAGUGUCGCCUGUGUGCAGUCGUGUGUCGAGAUGCGCGAAUCGUGCCUGCCCUAUGUUCAUGCCAUGUGCUUGCCAUGUCCAUCCCAUGUGUCGGCUGCGCCUAGCUGCGCCUUUAGGAACGACCAUGCUCUAGAGAGCUCAUAA